AUAAACUUGUAAUGUCUUAGCAAAUAUAUGAUUAAUUGAAUGGAGGAUUUAAUGAAUACAUUUUAUGAUUUUAUAUAAAACAGUUUGUCUAUCUUACUCAUAAAGUGGAAUCGACCGAAAUAUAUUUUCCAAAGCUCGAUUAUUCUAUAUCAUAAUAUAAUCAAUUUACGCUAUAAAAUAUAGAACAAUAUGCAAUUAAAACCAGCCACUAGCGUGCACGUUAGCUUGUCAUGACCGCUUCGGUAACGGUAAUACAAUUAUUCACAUCGACAGUCGAUAGUGUUUUUAUGCCCACAUCACUGCGCGUUCUCCUCCCCUCGAGUUAACUGAAUGACUCGCGCGCGCCAUGACACUCGAGAGCGCCCUAGACGGCUGUCACGUUCAAAAAUAGAACGCUUUUUAAAUUAAAAUAACAAUUAAUUGGAGGACAUUCUGGAUUAUUACACGUGACGUUACGGCGUUAAGGCCUCAAACUGUACAAGCUGGCGAUAAACUGGUGGAAGGAGCCGGACAUGGGAGUUCCCGCCGGCGAGCGAGAAGGAUGCGCCGCAGCACGCAUGUGGCGCGGUGCGUGCUGCACGCUGGUGGCCCCCGGCGCAGACGAUGCCUGGCAGCAGAUCGUCGAAUCCUCGCCUCCUGAUGGUAUUUGGCACUCGUUGAGGAACUGCGUCGCUUAUCAGGCUGGAGUAUGGCAGAACUUGUUAGCUAAAGGGAUAGACGAUGUGAUACAACCGGCGGCCUUCAAGUUGGCUAUUGUCUUGAGGCACACACCCUCGGAGCUGGUCGUCAGAUUGCUAGCGGACUUGCUGCGUUUGCAUCCACAGUCUCAAGACUUAACAUCCUACGUGUUGGCAUUGCUGACUGAUGAUGAGGCACAGUGGUGCGGUAGCUGCGGUCGCGAAACCUCACCUUCGGCGCCAGUAGGGCCUGCACCACUGCGUGAUCUGCAGCUGUUCGGAGACUGCGAGCUGGCGGUGCUGGCCGCCUCGCGGGAGGAAUACGACGCACAUGCUAAGCUCGUACGAGCUGAAUACUCCAAGCUGACACAUGAUAAUUACGUCGAAUUAAGAAUCAAGGUACUUAAUCAAUUUUCACAAAUCCCUAAGCUCUUCCAUACUCCAGAAUUCGAGUGCUUCGAAGCGGCGGCGAGAGAAAACAUAGAAAGAGAAAUAUGCACUCUGCGAGAACACCUGCUUACUGGCAGGAAAGACUAGAUGCAUCCGUCACUCAAACCUGGGUCAAAUUGACAUUGAUACAUACGUAUUCAGAUUAUUUUCUAGACAGCUUUGCUUCGAUGUAGAUAUUUAACAUUCCGUGGAUGAUAUACAAUACGUAGAUUCAUUUAUUAGGGAUACAAUCAGUUGAUUAUGAAUAAAACAGUUGCCGGUGUGCAAGUAAAUCACAUUUACGUAAGUAUAUGUGAACACAAAAUAUUUAUUUGUAAUUGUAAUACAAAAUAAUUUGUUAUCGAAUAAAAUAACUGUGUCCUUGGAAUAGACACAGCUAUUAUAAUGACAGAAUUGAUUACAAUUAUAGUGACCUCGCCCACUUGCCUCUUUGCAUCGCGAACCCAUUACCAAUGCUACCAUCGUGCUAAUAUUUUGACGUUAACUAUAUCUAGAGUUACACGAGUGAAUAUUGGGUCGAAAUAAUCGAUAUGAACCAGUGUCUCGUUACUAGCAAAAUAAUUGAUAGUAGAAUACAUUACAUUAGAUAGUAGACACAAUAUGUAAAUGAGAGAAAUAUCUAUUUUGUAAUAAUUAACUUUGGUCCUUGAAUUUAAAGCUUAAUUUGGAUGUGCAGAAAACAGACAUUCGAUCUUAAGAUUCUAGGUAAUGAGACUGUUCUCCUAAAUUUUAAUUAUUUAAAUUAAGCAACGUAAAAUUAUUAUUUACGCUUGACUAUUUAUCUAAAAGUCUAUUAAUAAAAAAAAUCAUCAUUUACAGAGUCCUCAGAUUUAGAAAUGCAACUAGUAUUAUAGAUAUUUUUAGAUCAUUGUAGAUUUUUCUCUACUUAAGCACCUAUUUAAUAAAUAUUUUAAAUCUGUAAUUAUUAUUUUAUCCAUGCAUUGUCAAUGAUAUCACUUCAUUGUGACUUCAUAGCCAAAUGGAGAUUGAGGAAUAAGCAUAAAUUGAAGCCAAUCAAUUUGAACUCGUACCAUCUUUCGCGUAUCUUUACUAUCUCACACCCCAAUCGUAGAAACAAGCAUGAUGUUACACAUGAAGGUGAGUUAUCUUCUGUUUUGCUUAUCUUUUGGGGUAAAAAUUGGCAUUAGUUCUAUGUUCCGUCUCCAUUUUUUAAUCCUUUAUUUUGCUUUGCUAAGAAUUUAUAAACAUUCUAAAGGAAGCUCAAUCAAUAUAAAAUUUAUGUACAAAUAAUAUUAUGCUAGUUGUAAUGAUGUUCUGUUAUAGAAUUCUAUUUGAAAAAUUACAUUCUAUGAUAUUAUUGUGAAUAUGUAUUUAAAUAUUUUUUUAUUAAAAUGUCUAGUUACUUUAUUUUAUCGUUUAAGUAAUGGUUAAUUAUAUUAUCUAUGUAGAUACUCUAUUAUUAAUUAACUGAUGAAAAUAUGACAAGGUCAUUAUAUGCACUUAUUAUAAUAAUGUAAAUUAUUAUUAGUACCUACUAUAUGGCAGUAACCUUUUUUUUUAAAUUGGUGGAAAAAUCAAGGUGCUUGCAGUACACUUGAAUAGAUAGUUGUUUAAAAAAUAUGUGUUAUAAAGAAUAAAAAAUAUUUUAUUUCA